CUAUCUAUCAUAAUGGAGCAGCUAGGACUGAUCAGCCAGUACAUUGAUAGCUGGAGGUGGACUCCAGAGACACCAUUGUCUCACUGGAUGUACCCAGCAUCAACAUCAGUUCUCUACCUCUUGGUUAUCUUCUCUCUUUACUCAUUCAUGAAGAAGAGGGAAGCGUUCAAAUUGAAGGGACUAUCAAUUAUUCACAACACCAACCUGAUCGUAUUGUCAUUUGCCAUGAUGGCUGGUGUGCUACAUGCCGCCUACACUCAAUCUCAGGAGCAGGGCGUGUUCUCACUGUUGUGUGAGCAAACCCCAACGGCAGUCAACGGAAGGAUUGGCUGGUGGAUCUACGUCUUCUACCUGUCCAAGUACUACGAGUUGUUCGACACGGUCAUCCUGGCGCUAAAGAAGAAGCCUUUGAUCUUCCUGCACAUCUUCCAUCACAUGGCCAUGGUGCCCGUCACAUGGCAGUGGCUCAGCGACCAGUGGCUCGUGGGCAGCUGGUGGUGCGUCUUUGUCAACUCGUUCAUCCACACCAUCAUGUACUAUUACUACCUGCAGACGACACUUGGCAACGACUGCUGGUUCAAGCGCUACAUCACCACGGCUCAGAUCGUACAGUUCCUCACGGGCACUGCCAUCGUGUCGCACUGGUUCUACAUCAGACAGUCGGAGAACUGUCAGGGAGGCAUUGCCCCAGCCAUCGUCUCCUACGUCAUCAACUCGAUGUUCAUCCUCCUCUUUAUCCGUUUCUACAUCAAGUCAUACUCUAGACCCAAGACUGGAGGAAAGGUUGUCAAGUCU